CGGGCCGAGGUGAGGCGAGCACUCCCGUGCCGGACGUUGCGCGGCCGUGACGCCCGACGCCAACGCUGGCGCCGCGCUCCUGUUCGGCGGGGUUCACCGUCCGGCUCAGGAUCGCGACACUCCGUCUGGGCCAGCGCAGAAUGUGAAUUCAUCUUUGGAACUGUUAUCAGUGGAGCUCUUCAAUGUUUUUGUUGGGGAUGUAUUCCUCCAGAGAGAACCCAACCAGGAUUGAUUUCACAGGACAUGCCAGCCACUGUUACUGCUUGACCACAAAAGCUUGAGAGUGAACCUACAGAGACUAGAAAUUGGGUAGUUGGGGAGAGGAAGGUAGAAUAACAUCAGGAGGGAAAAAUAUUUGUCAUCCUUUCUGGAGGGCUAAGGGGGUAUAGGAGGAGUGUUCGAGCAAGAUUGAUUGUAUGUAUGCAUGUGCAACUCUUAGAAUUGGCUGCAAAGGGGCAGAUGGAAUCAGAAUUUGCUGAGUGUGGUUUGUUUUUAUGGGUUCAUAGGUAGACGAUUCAGUGAACUUCCUGGCAGGCUGGCAGGAUAGAAGUUCAUUGGGGAGGUUGGGCUUAAAGCCUGCCUGAGAGAGCAUGGGGAGUCUGUGAAUUAGUCGUUUGGUGAGGGCUCUGGCCACACAACAUUGAAGUUGUAUUUUAAGAUUACCAGGACAACCAGUUGGUGAUGGGGUCAUUUGGGCCAUGGUGUGUGUGUAGGGUACUAAACAACUCCUAAUACUCUUUUUCUUGGCCACACAGCAUUUUGACUUUAUCACUGUUUAUGUGCCUUGUGAUUUGGGAGCUGUUGGUUUGCCCCUGAGAGCAGGUCACUGAGCAUCCAUUCACCUCCUCCUGGUGGAUGGAGGAGAAAAGACUAGAGGCAUUAGUGUUACCCUGCUCUGUCCCUGUUAUGGGAGGAAAUGGACUUGAGGAGCUACUUUACUGAGUAUUUUUGCACUCAAGGCCCUGGACUCUGUAGUUGAGUCUUAAGGAUAGGGGCACUUGGCCCUUUGGUGAUACCUGCCUGGAACAGGUUCAGCUAGGGGAUGACAGAGGAGACAGAUCCCCUGGUAUGUCUAAUAUAUUGGAGACGAUUAGGAAGCAGAACUGGGGAAGAUUAGGAAGAUGAUGCUGGGAAGAUUAGGAAGAUGAUGCUGAGGGUUUUAUUUUAGGCUUCAAGAAAGGCCUUUGGAUUCUCAUAGAAAAAAACAAAAUCACUUCUCAAGGCCUCUCCUGAGGGCAGUUGCCCAGGUCUUGUGUUCACUGGACUCUGUAAGCAAGCACUGUGUGUAUAUAUAAUGGAGAUCAGAUCCAGCUACUAUGUAAGUGUUGAAUAUACAGUUGUGAUCAGACUCAGCCUCCCUGUGAGUGUGCUUUGGGUAUACAGUGAAGAUCAGACCCAGUCUAGAACAGAUAGUAUUCAUGCAAUGGUCUCACAAACGGCACGGAAGGACACUGGCCUAUGAAGAGCGUGCUUUGAGUAGCUGACAGAGGCGGCCUUGGCUCGGUUGUCGGGAAUUGGUCAGAAACGGUGUGACUGAGCUGACUUCAGGGCCAGGUGGAGCUUCAUUUGGUAGGGGGUGACACAGGAAUUAAAAUGAAUUUUAGGCAAGUAAGGCCACAUUUGCUUGAAUAGUAUUUAUACUUGUUUUUUGUACUUGGCAUUUUUAUAGAAGGGUUACAUAUGCGUAUGUCAAGAUACCAUGAAUGCUAUAGCUAGAGAUAUAAAAAGACCUGAGUGUGUUGCAUUGAUGAUGACUUGUAUCACAAACACCGAUACUAGUGGUGAUACAAUUUUUCAAAAUGGUGAACAAGUGUUGGUAAAGUUCUGAUAAAAAGAUUUUCAUUUUCUCUACUAUUAGUGUGUUUACUAUACUAUAUUAAAAUUGUGCAAAAGAUGUUUUAUAUUUAUAUAAAUCUGAGUUUGGUUCUAAGCCCAAGUUAAAUCAUUGCACGUAGGUUUUGGCAGGACAGAUGGAAGUCGUGAGGGUAUGAGACAGGUGUCGUUUGUGGGACUGACCCACACAUUGUGGGACUGCUGUAACCCUUUUCACUCCUUCUCCCAUUGUGACAACCAACCUUCUCCCCCAACAAAUUUUAAAGCACCUUCUGAGUGCCCUUCUUCCUCCUUCCACUAACUGCUGCUGUUCUGGGUGUAACAGGGAGACAUAGAUAUGACCCCAGGUGGGAGAGCUAUUGGAGAUGUGCAGAGAAGCGUUGUUGGUCUGUUAUUGCUGUUGUAAAAGUGGCCCGUAGUGAGUUGUCCAGACAAAUCAAAAUGCAUAGGAAGUUUCAUAUCUUAAAAUGAGAAAUUAACUGGCCAGGUGGUUUGCCAGCAGUCAUCACCAUUUUGAAAAUAUUGGCAUGGAGUCUCUGUGGUGCUGAGAUAUUUUCAUCGCCUGAAUCCUUGUGGAAACUCCCAUUAUCAUUGUGUGCUUGUGCAAAUCCCCCUACUCCUAUAAUUAAUUUCUGUGAGCUCUGUGGAUAAACGGGGAUGCCUCCUGGCCUCUGUUUGCAUUUCCCCUCAGCAUUACUGCAUUUUGUCAGCUUAUUGACAGGGUCAAGGUGACUGGUUUUCCAUGAAUUAAAAUUACUAAAGUGUGACUGUGUAAUCUCCUGGAAAACUAAGUAGAUGCCCUUGGAGACUAACACCUUCUAAAUCUGUUGUGAUUUUGUUCUGCAUUGCUGAGCAAAUCACUUCUUUCCAUACCUUAGCUUCCUCAGUGGUUAAAUGAAGGUUACUACAAACCUCAAGAAGUUGUGAAGGGAAUUAAAUGCAUUGCCAUCAGUAAAAAUGUUUAGCAAUUUGCCGUAAUUGAUGCAGAUUUUUAAAAAUAUGGAAUACUUAUGAAUUUGCAUGUAAUCCUUGUGGACAGGCCGUGCUAAUCUCAGUAUUGGUCCAAUUUUAGUGUAUGUGCUGCCAAAGUGAGCACUCAGAUUUCUUUAAAAAAAACUAACAGAUCUGGUUGGCCUUCCACUCCCACCCGCCACCCCAUCUCAUCUCCCACUUUCCCACUCCAGUUUCCCUCCUUCCCCUGUGGUUACCACUUCUGUGAAGAGCUGGCGUGUAGCCUUCCAGUUCCGGUUUUAUACUCCAGCACUGCACAUAGUAUCUAUCAACAACACAGAUAAUUGCUUAUUCUUAGACUCUGUGAGUAAAGGCAGCUUCGUCUUCCCAGUUCUUCAUGGCUUCAGCAUCCAGAGAUGUCAUUACUGGGAGAGGUUCCCACUCAAAGGUGAAGUCUGCAAAGCUACUUGAGGUUCUGAAUGCUAUGGAGGAGGAAGAGUCCAGCAACAACAGGGAAGAGAUUUUCAUUGCGCCUCCUGACAAUGCUUCAGGGGAAUUUACUGAUGAGGACUCAGGUGAUGAAGACAGCCAGCGAGGUGCUCACCUUCCUGGCAGUGUGCUGCAUGCUUCAGUCCUGUGUGAGGACUCUGGCACCGGGGAGGAUAAUGAUGACCUAGAGCUGCAGCCAGCCAAGAAGAGGCAGAAAGCAGUUGUGAAGCCUCAGCGCGUUUGGACCAAAAGAGAUAUUCGUCCAGACUUUGGCAGUUGGAUGGCAUCAGAUCCUCAUAUUGAGGAUCUGAAAAGCCAAGAACUGAGUCCUGUGGGCCUUUUUGAAUUGUUUUUUGAUGAAGGAACAAUUAAUUUCAUUGUUAAUGAAACCAAUCGUUACGCUUGGCAGAAAAAUGUCAAUCUGAGUCUUACAACUCAGGAAUUGAAGUGUGUUUUGGGCAUUUUGAUUUUAAGUGGGUACAUCUCUUAUCCAAGGAGAAGGAUGUUCUGGGAAACCUCUCCUGAUUCACAUCAUCAUCUUGUAGCUGAUGCAAUUAGAAGGGACAGAUUUGAACUAAUCUUCUCAUACCUACAUUUUGCAGAUAACAACGAACUUGAUGCAAAUGAUAGGUUUGCCAAGGUCAGACCUCUCAUCAUCCGGAUGAACUGCAAUUUCCAGAAGCAUGCACCCUUGGAAGAGUUCUACAGCUUUGGGGAGUCUAUGUGUGAGUACUUUGGGCAUCGGGGGUCCAAGCAGCUGUACACAGGGAAGCCUUUGCGACUUGGGUACAAGAUUUGGUGUGGGACAACCAGCAGAGGCUACUUGGUUUGGUUUGAGCCCUCACAGGGCACACUUUUUACCAAGCCAGACAGGAGCUUGGAUCUAGGAGGCAGUAUGGUAGUAAAAUUUGUGGAUGCACUUCAGGAGCGUGGUUUUCUGCCAUAUCACAUAUUUUUUGACAAGGUUUUUACAAGUGUUAAACUGAUGUCCAUUUUGAGGAAAAAGGGGGUGAAGGCCACAGGAACUGUUCGUGAGUACAGGACUGAGCGAUGUCCCCUAAAAGACCCCAAAGAACUGAAGAAAAUGAAGAGGGGUUCAUUUGAUUACAAAGUUGAUGAGAGUGAGGAGAUCAUCGUGUGCCGCUGGCACGAUAGCAGCGUGGUCAACAUUUGCUCCAAUGCUGUGGGUAUAGAGCCAGUGAGGGUGACUAGUCGUCACUCUGGAACAGCUAAAACGCGGACUCAGGUCCACCAACCAUCACUGGUGAAGCUGUAUCAGGAGAAGGUGGGGGGUGUUGGUCGGAUGGACCAGAAUAUUGCCAAGUACAAGGUGAAGAUCCGAGGCAUGAAGUGGUACUCAAGCUUCAUUGGCUAUGUCAUUGAUGCUGCCCUCAACAAUGCAUGGCAGCUACAUAGGAUCUGCUGCCAAGAUGCCCAGGUGGACCUCCUUGCUUUCCGGAGAUAUAUUGCCUGUGUGUAUCUGGAGAGCAAUGCUGACACGACCUCUCAAGGGAGGCGAAGCAGGCGGCUGGAGACUGAGAGCCGCUUUGAUAUGAUUGGGCAUUGGAUUAUCCACCAGGACAAGAGGACCCGAUGUGCCCUCUGCCACUCACAGACCAAUACCCGGUGCGAGAAGUGCCAGAAGGGUGUCCAUGCCAAGUGCUUCAGGGAGUACCACAUCCGGUGACAUCGUGAGACAUGCUUGUUUGGUUUAUAAUGAGAUGUUUAUAGCUCAUUACGGAUCGCAGUUGAGUACUUCUGUUCUGUGUUGGAAAAAAGACCUGAAUUUCUGAUGACUUGGUUUUCUAUUUUCUCCCUACCCACAAUACAGUUCUCUUUUUUAUUGUGUUCUAUUAUACCUACAUGUGAUAUAAAUUAAUAUUUAUAUUAGUAAUAUUUGCAAAUCUUUAUUUUCUGGCAUUUAUUUAAAGUUAAGGACUUUUUUUAUUCAGAUAAAAAUUGUGCUUUAUAGUAUAUUUGAAUCCUAGCAAGAAUAAUCAAAGGAAAACUUGCAAGAACAGUGAAAAGACUUUACCAUUGCAUGCCAGGGUUUAUAAUCUAAGAUAGGCAAUAGUGUAUAAAUAUCAUGUAAAUAUGGUGGAUUUCUUAAUCGUAUUUAUUUCAUCUUUAUCCAAGUUUAUCAAACUGUCCAGGAAUAGAUAAUCUGCCUUGUAUUUAGUCAGAGGGCUAGUGUUGCAGAGUUCAUAUUUUCUUGAUAAAAAUAUUUUCCUAAUA